UCCGCAGUUCACACUGAUAUCGGCUGCAAUGCAGUCAAUGCUGCCUAGGGGACUGUUAGUGUUGACCGGUUGACCACCAUCCUCAAGAUUUGUGUUCUGCCUAUUGGUUCACGAUAAAGUCGUUAAGUUAAAAAUUUGUAGUGCUUUACUGGGUAGCCGCAAACGAAGACCUCGUUUUCACCCAGCAAUAACAAAUAUUGUACAAUGCUACUCACAAACAACUUGCGCAACAAUGGCAGACAGGAAAGGAAGUGUGGUGAACCGUGGAAAAAUGACGAACUAUGCACCCAUUACCGCAUUCUCUUUCUAAAGCAGGAGUAGGCUAAAGAAGAGAAAAGGUCCUACCACAAAUUCCGGAUGAUAUACGGUUAAACAGAAGAUCGUUUUGUUCAAGGCCUUAGUAAACGUGCUAAUAUGCAUACUGCAACUAGAGAAGCAGUCCGGCCAGUCCCCAAACCACGGACAACCAUGCAAAAAAUUGGCAACGCUCUUCGUUUAUCUAAAAAGUUUUCGUGGGAUUACAAAGACUUUGAAACACCAACAGCAAGCCACUUUGGUGAAAACAUUAAAAUUCUUUUCAGGUGGCAAGGAAGCAUUUACUGUCUGGUGUGGAAGGAAUUCCUGGUUUACAUGUCCCUCUACAUCUCCAUUACCGUCGUGCAUGAUUUCGCAUUAACGGAUAUUGAUAAACACCAUUUUGAAGAUCUAGCUGCCUAUUGCUCAAAGUUUGUCUCUUCGUUGCAAAUCGUUUUGCUUCUGGGUUUCUUUACUUCAACUGCCAUGCAGCGUUGGUUUUCGUUGGUAAAUUCCAUUCCGGGAACCAGUAAAGUAACAGCUUACUUUGUCAACUCCCUCAAAGAAAAUCAACCAGACGGAGAAGCAAUCGUACAGCAAUACGCCAGAUGGAUUGUCCUUAGUUGGACAUUGGUAUUUCGCUUAGUUUGUCCCGGACUGAAAGAAGUUUUCCCCGAUUUGAUGUCCCUACAGAACGAAGGGUUGUUGUUGGAACAUGAACGUUUAAGACUGGAGAUGGAACCAUCUGUUAAAAAUCAUUCGCUCAUCGUCGUCAACUGGAAUCUGGGCUUAUUGCGAGUAUGCGCUAGGAAGGGUAUGUAUUACGUUCCAGCUGACUACACUAAAAACCUCGACUGCUUGAUGCUGUUCAAGAAAACUUGCAACAAUACCAUCAAGUUUGCCAGCAAAAAUAUUCCGUAUGCGCUUAUUCAGGCAGUGACUAUUGCUGUGUACGCAUAUGGUUUGGCAUCGUUAAUGGCUCGUAUGCCUUCAAAACUGGCACCGGAUGGUACAUGGGAAUCCACUGCCGUGUCUUUUAUUUCUGGCUACUUCCCUGUCGCCAACUUCAUUCCAGUAUGUAAACUGACCCUCAACUAUCCAUGGCGUAUUGGAAACACGAUUGCCGUGUUUGCACUCCGUUGUGCUCUAUAACGAUUUCUCUUGAAUGAAAUGCAGUUCUUCCUG